GAUCCACAUGUCUUUGUUUACAUCAAUACGUCAUCUAGUAACGCUGCAAGUAUUAGCCAAUCAGAGCGUCGUUAUUUCUAUUUAUUCUCGUUUUGAUUGUCGCUAUACUGAAUGACCUAAAUCAAGUUCAUUCUAUCAGAUUAUUUCUUGCAACCAGAGAGGGAGCAUUGUCAUCGCAUUUCUCCUGAUUUUAAUAUUUUGAUUCUAAGGAAGGAUUAUAUUAAGUUGAAUUUUGGCAUCAGAGUCUGAGUUUUCAAGUAUUUCAUCGAAGAUAAGCAUUGAACUGGGUUGUCAAAGUUGACAAGUCAGUUGAACAAUAUUUGGAAGUUUCUUCAAUUAUUGACAUCAAAACAGUCAAGACGAAGUACCCACAGACUUAUUCAAUGACGAAGGGGAGACAGCCCGUCAUUACACGGGACACUCUGGCCCUGAAGUUCCGUCAAAACUGGAUAGCAAAACAUCCUGAAGCCACAAUGGAAAAGACAGAAAAAGAAGGACAGCUGGAUGACAGUCUUACAAGUCUUAAUUGGCUACAAAAUUUGAACAUCAUGAAGAUAACAAAUCCGACACCUCCUCCAAGUCCAGAACCUCAAAACUUUUCAAAAGAUACCAAAGUCAACCCAAACUCUGUUCUCAAUGUAUCAGGGGUACCCAUGGUGAGACAAGACUAUAAAACCUUUAUGGGUGAUUUAGCUCCAUUGACUGCUUCACCUUUAGAGAAAAUAGACUACAAAACCAACCCAUAUGUCAAACCACCAUAUUCAUAUGCCACUCUCAUAUGUAUGGCUAUGAAAGAAACCAGAAAGACAAAAAUUACCUUAGCAUCAAUAUACAAUUGGAUCACAGAGAACUUCAUGUACUACAGAAUGGCAGAUCCCAGCUGGCAGAAUUCUAUCCGCCACAAUCUCUCGCUGAAUAAGUGUUUCCAAAAAGUCCCACGCCGUAAGGACGAGCCAGGAAAAGGAGGAUUCUGGAGGAUAAACCCAGAAUAUAAUGACAUGUUGGAAAAUGGUGUUUUUAAGAAACGUCGUGCAAGUUCAGCCCGAGAGAUGACCAGUUGUCCAAUUCCAUUAAAAAGAAUAAAACAGGAAAUUGAGGAUCAUUCCUACGACGGCAGCCAUAAUUCCCAAGAUGCAAAACAAGCAUAUACCCGGUCAAAAUCCUAUCAUUUUGGUGCUGAAGAAGAUUCGCUUAAUGGUGCCCUGAAGGGCGAUUUCAGCUGGAGCUCAAUACUACACCAAGACAUUAUGGUCAAUGGAGUAAAAAUUAAGACUGAAAACAUAAUUGAUGACUCCGAACUUGCUGACUCUGCCAGCAACGUCAUGGCAAUGAGCCCGCCAUCUAGUGUACACUCAGAUCUCGGUAUUGAUGAUCUCCUCAGUUCUGAUCUCCAGAAUGAUUUAUUUGAUGGCCAAAUAGACUCAAGUAGCGAAGAUUCAAACCAGGCAUUAGACUUAACUGUUUCUGGUCAAUCUAUCAGGGCUCCAGAAUGGUGGAAUGAGAGCAUGACCCGAGACUUGUUAAACUGUGAGAAUAACCGCAGUGGAUUACAUACCCCUAUUGCCCCAUCCCCUACCCCCACCGCAGUUGAGAACCACCCCUGGGCUGUAGACAACAGACUGGAUCUUGACCAAGCAAUUGCAGCAUUCGACAUUGAUAACUUAUUCGAUCUAGGGAACAUUCCUUCACCUGAUGUUCAAUAGAUCUCGUAAAUUAUAAAUUCAAUAUAGAUAUUUUUUUAUAGAAUACCUUCACUUUAUUGAUUGUUCCCAAUGUAAAGGUAUUUCCGUUCGUAUUACAUUAGUCCAUAGUACAUGUUGGGUGAGGUUUAUACAGUGAGAUUACAGUGAUCAAUAUUGAGCCAAGCGGAAUCAAUGAAGAGUAUUGUAAUUCUUUCACCCAAGUACAGGUUGCUAAUAUAUUUACAGCACUGGCAAACAACACAUGAAAGGCUUCACCAUUCACUCUUUUGCAUCGAUGUCUCUUAAAUCAAUUUGGAUUCCUUAAGGUGCCCCGGUAUCUCCCUUGAAAAGUGGAUGUAGGGUUUAUUUGGUGGUUAUGUUGACAGAUAAACUUACAGGGCCCAUUUAUAUAUAGAUUUACCUCUAUGCAGCUGAUAUUAUGUUGAAUCAAGUUUUACGCCACAUCCAGGUAAUAAACGCUAGAGUAAUGCUAGGUUUAGAUCAAUAUCACAUAGAGUCUAAGUACAGUAAAUUACCAAUUACUGUAUAACUUUUAAUCAAAAUCAAUGCCAUCGUUUGAGAAUGCGUGUACUACUCAUUUCUCAAAUUCUAGAAUUUUAUUGUAACUCACAAUAUAUUAAAAAAAAUUUUAAUUGGAGCAAUUUAAUACAAAAAUGUUAAAGAAAAUUAUGCUUUGAAAAUAAUGCAUCACAUGAAAAUGACAGGUUUUAUGGUAAAUUGCUUUUACUUAUUAGGAACUUUGGCUUUCUAUUCUUGGGACAUUAUUAAUUUGGUAGGCAGUUAAUUAUUAUCAAUAUACUAAUAUUAUAUUAAAUAUGAUGCUAUCUACCUCUCACUAUUUUCAAAUCAUAAGCUUAGAUUUUGACCCAAUCUGGCAUUUACAUGUAUUAUGAAUGAUAGGUGUUUCGUUUGAAAUAUUUAUCAUGUCCUACAUGCUCAAAAAGUUAAUUUGAUAACAUUUAGGAUAGGAUAAAAAAGUCAUUUACCUUUUGACUAUCAACUUGUGUGUUUACAAAAUAUUUUUGAUUGAAUAUGAUUUGACCUCAUGUAUUGCAUUGCUUGUUUGUCAUGCAUUGUAUUUUGUGUAGAAAGACUCAAAGCACUCUUUUCAGGAAUCGUAAAGGUUUGGAAUCUGACAUACAGCACGUAAACAUAAUAUUUCAUUGUAAGAGACGGAUCACUUGAUGCAAUAUUUUCUAUAUUUUCUAUCGCCUCACUUCAAUAGAGAACUGGAGAACAACAUUUUGUAUUUAUAUUUCAUAUUUACCUGAAAUAUUGAUUUUCUCCUGGCUUUACCUGUACACUAGAAUACCUGUAACGAGUUUCUGAAUGUAUGAUCAAUAGUUACCUGAAUGGAUAAGUGAGGCUAAUGUAAGAAGUCUACAAAGGAAAUUCAUUCUUUUAAAGGGUGGAUUUGUUUCUCUUUUGUGAUAAGAUAAGAUUGAUGUAUGCACUGUUGUUUUUCUUUUAAAAUAUCAGAUAAUUAAAGUCAAUUUGGUGUGAUAUAUUAUCACAUUUUGUAAGUUUAAUGUGAUAUAUUAUAUUAUCACAUUUAAAAAAUUAGUGUGAUGACAUGUUCUCACAUUUUCAUAAUUUAUUCUCAAUUCCCAGUGUGAUUUUAAGCAUUGAUACAAACUAAACAUAUUCAUGAAACAAGAUUUGAAAUAACAUUUCAUUGUAAAACAAGCCCAACAUGUACAUGGCAACGGUAUGGAACAGUUACUUUAAAAAUAUUUUUUUAUAAUUAUCAAUGCUGAAAUUCAGACAUUGUAGAAGUUCGGAAGCAUAUAGGAUAUAUCAUAUUAUGCUCUCAGGACUCGGAUACAUUUAUAUUGAGGUCAAAUCCAUUUGCCAAAAGUAUUUUGCUGGUUCGAAAUAUUUUUAUCCAAAAUGGAAAUUGAUGUAAAAUUGUGACACCAUGGUAAAAUUGUGACACAACGUUGUAUUUUGUCUCUUGACACCAUUUUUAGAAUUGAGGGAAUUAGUGGUAUUUAUCACAUAUCAGUUUUGUGUAAAUAGAAUGGUGUAUUUAGUUGAGAAAAUAUUAAAAAGGCGGGUCCUUUUUGAGUUACUCAUUAGAGGGAUUGGGAAUAAGAUAUAUUUGGGUUAAUUUGAACUUCUUAACCGUGCAAUACAAAGAUUUGCGUUAAGGUUAAAACCUUUGGUGUUUUAGAACUUAGACUUAACAAAACAAAAAUCUUUUGAAAAUUUUUUGAUGAUUUCAAACCUAUGUAAAGUUCUUAUUGGUUUAGGGGUAAAGGUAAUGACAUAUAACAUGUCUGCAUAUAUACACUUGUGAUAUAUACACUUGUGAUAUAUACACUUGUAUGAUAUAUACACUUGUAUGAUAUA